ACUGUUUGGUUUUGCACACAUAUAUUGUAUCUAGGAUAUACUGUGACAUUUAACAUGUAUAGGACUGCUUGCCAUCUGGGGGAGGGGGUCGAGGGAAGGAGGGGAAAAAUCGGAACAGAAGUGAGUGCAAGGGAUAAUGUAAAAAAUUACCCUGGCAUGCGUUCUAUCAAUAAAAAGUUAUUUAAAAAAUAAAAAACCAAAAAUUCCAACAUUCAAAAAAAAAAAAUCCUCAGCAAGAGCUGGAUGGUGACUUGCAAGGCUUUUAUGGACGUUAGAGAAUUUUUUUGAGGGGAUUCUUGUCCAGGCACAGAUUGGACAAUACAGUUUCCUCUGAGAAUCUGUAUUCAAGGACACAAAAAUGUGUUUCUGUGGCACGUUUCCACAUCAGAGCCUACAACGGUUCGGUUCUGCUCUGUGUUCACUGCCUCCUCACCUCCUUUCUUCGUUCUACCCCCUCCUCUUUUUUAUUCCUUUAAGAAAGUUUUCCCCUUCACAUUCACAGACCUACUUUCUUUCAGCGAAAAUUCUAGGGGUUUUAGGGAGGGAACAAUGUAGGCACACACUGGGCAAGCAUUCCUGCUUAAGGAAGUCCCCGAAAACUAGCUGCAGAUGCCACAAAGCCCGGCGGGUUGAUUCCGGUUAUUAUGGUUUCCUCCUGGGAACUAGCUAAUGGAGCCCAGUUUGCAGCUUCGGGGAGGGGAGGUUCGUCUCGAAGGCCUGCUUCCCAACGCCCGUUUCGUACGUGAGCAUGUCCAGAACUUUCAGAGAGGUUUUUUUGUUUGUUUGGUUUUUUGUUUUAAGCCAGGGUCCAGAAGGAUCUUCAGGGAGGAGGUCUGCCUCCUCCUUGGAAGAAUGUUCGGAAUCUAGGAACCAAUGGUGCACAACUGAUCCUGACCUUUUAGGGAGCUACGAGAUGAAACAAGUUAUUGGGGGCGGAGUGCGAGUUAGCCGUAGGGAGCGCAAGGAGGAGGACGAAGAGGAGGAAGGGAAGGAAGAGAAGGAGGAGCAGAAGGGGGAAAAGGAGGAGAAGAAGAGGAGGUAUGGUUAGAAUAAGGAGGAAGACCAGGAGGAGUAGGAGGAAUAGGAAGAGCAGGAGGAUGUAAGGAGGAGGAGCUGUCGCGGAUCCUCCUACUUGAUCCUAGUUUAGGAGCUGCAUCUCCUCCCCUCCCAUCCUGGGCGGAGCUAGGGCGCUCCCGAGCCCUCCCCCCCGCGCCGAGCCCUCCCCCGCGCCAAACCCGGAAUAGGGCAGGUGGGAGGGAAGUGGUGGGGGUUGACUGGGGCAGGGCCAUUUCCCUGGGCUCACUGAGACCCCUACCUCCUUUUCCCCAGCGGCGGGCGCCUCAGCCAUGUCUGCGGAGGAGAUGGUGCAGAUUUUGCUGGAGGGCCGUUGCUACCCAGUGAGCAAGAAGAAGCUUAUCGAACAGAGCGAUUACUUUCGAGCCCUGUACCGCUCGGGUAUGCGGGAAGCUGGGGGACCAGCCUCUGGGGGCCCCGAGGUGCAGCAGCUACGGGGUCUCAGCGCCCCGGGCCUGCAGCUCGUGCUGGAUUUCAUCAACACUGGAGGAACUGGGUCUGGCUGUUUUCUGGGGCCGCAGGGAGAGAAGAGUGGUAGAGAGGAGGAAGAGAUAGAGGAAGGCAGCCUGCUGGAGGAGCUGGUGGAAGUGGCCUCCUUCUUGCAGGUCACCUCUUUGCUGCAGCUGCUGCUGUCCCAGGUGCGGCUGGACAACUGCCUGGAGCUGCACCGCCUGGCACAGGUGUAUGGGCUGCAAGACCUCCAGGGGGCUUGCCUGAGGUUCAUGGCUGCCCACUACCAUCAGGUGCUUCGUAGUCCCCAGUUCCCUCUUUUGGUCACCCCUUCACAGGCUCCAGGGGAGGCCAGUCUCAAGCAGAAGCUGAGGGAGGGCAGGAUGAAAGGGAAAGCUGUACUCAUAGCUCUGGGAGACUUUUUGGGGGGCCCUCUGGCCCCGCAUCCCCACCAGGGAGAGCCGAGGUCUAUGCUUAGAUAUGAUGAGGGCGCCCAGCGGUGGUUGCCUUUGGCCAAUCAGCUGCCUCCUGAUCUGGUUAACGUCAGGGGCUAUGGCUCUGCCAUUUUGGACAACUACCUUUUCAUAGUGGGAGGUUAUAGGAUCACCAGCCAGGAGAUCUCUGCUGCCCACUGCUAUAACCCUUGUAGAAACGAGUGGAGUCAGGUGGCUUCGAUGAACCAAAAGAGGUCCAGUUUCAAGCUUCUGGCUGUGAGUGGAAAACUAUAUGCCAUUGGUGGACAGUCUAUUUCAAAUGUUGAAUGUUACAAUCCUGAGCAGGACUGGUGGAAUUUUGUGGCUCCAUUACCAAAUCCUUUGGCUGAAUUCUCUGCCUGUGAAUGUAAGGGAAACAUUUAUGUCAUAGGAGGAUAUACUACUAGAGAUAGGAAUAUGAACAUUUUGCAGUAUUGUCCCACUUCUGAUGCCUGGACUGUUUUUGAAGCAUGUGAUGUCCACAUUCGCAAACAACAGAUGCUGUCAGUGGAAGAGAUCAUCUAUUUGGUGGGAGGUUGUCUCCAUGAAUUUGGACCCAACAAAAGGACCAAUCAAAGUGAGGACCUGUUAACAGUGCAAUCUUACAAUACAACUACCCGGGAAUGGCUCUAUCUCAAGGAGAAUACAUCCAAAUCAGGUCUUAAUUUGACUUGCACACUUCAUAAUGAUGGAAUCUAUAUUAUGAGCAGAGAUAUUACUCUAUCAACUAGCUUGGAACAUAGGGUUUUUCUCAAGUAUAAUAUCUUUUCAGAGAGUUGGGAACCAUUUAGGCGUUUUCCAGCUUUUGGACAGAACUUAUUGAUUUGUUCUCUGUAUUUGCCUAGUGAAACAGAAAUAUGACUGCAUUUAGUUUAGUGUUUUAGAAUAUUUAAAGAACCAAAUUAGAAAAAGUAAACUCUUAUUAUAAGGAUCAUUGGCAUUUGUCCAAGGUGAUAAUACAAGCUUCAUUAGGUCUCGUAUUUAGCAUUUAUAAAUAACCUCACUACUUGAAGUUUUUUCACUACUUUGAAAGAUUUGUGACUUUAAUGAUAUUGUACUGUCUCCACCAUCACUGAUAAUUCAAACUUUAAUAAAUAAGUUUUCAUUAGUUGCUUUGCCCAAAAAGCUUAUCACCAAUCUCUAAAUAGCAGAAAUGGCAAAAUAUGAGUGACUCUGACCUUAACUGGGUUGAAUGUUAGGCAACAGCCACAUAUCUGCCUGUCGGUCUGAUACUUAAAUCGGUGAGACUAUUUCAGAGUGAGUUGGAGAUAUCUCGGGUUCUUUUUAUUAAUAAACAUUUUAAAAACAUUUACCAUGUGCCAGACCAUGUGCUGAGGUCUAGAAAUAUAAUACAAAAAGUGAAACAGUGCCCCAAUUAGAUAGUGAGCUUUUCAAGGGCAGAGGCUUCUUUGUAUUCCCAGCACUUAGUGCAAUGCCUUGUAUAUAAAAGGCACUUAAUAAAUGCUAAUUGAGAAAAAAAAAAACAUUCUAGGAGGUUUGCUGUCUAGAGUUUCAGUCUAGGAUCUUUUAAAAGAUUUCAAUUGAUAUUAAUCCCUUUUAUUAAGGGAUAGGAAGAAAGAGGAAAGAUAAUUGAUUCAAGGUUGGGGAUAAUUGGGACAGCCCAAAGUCUGAACAUAUCCAUAAGGGAAGAAGUGCCACAGCCUCCAGUGGUUGUUUUUCCAGUUGUUUACCCCAGAAGAUGUUGUUUUUUUUUUCCCCAGCAUUAUAAAAGGGUUCCUGGAGAGAGACCAACAUUCCUGUCAAUCACAAUUAGGAGCCAAGAACUUUAGAUUCAGACUUAAUUAAAUGGUACCUUGGGUACAUCAUUCUUCACACCAAUAAUAGCUUUCCAUAUUUUGAUUUACCAUCACAAAUUUUGCAAACCAGGGAAUAUCACUGUUAACGAAUAAAAAGUUCAGGGAUUAGGUAAAAGGCAGAACAAAUAGCUUAGAUCAUAAAAUCACUGCACCUUAGAGGAGUUUGCUUUUUGGAAAUGUUCUCAUUUUAAAACAAUAAAGUCAACAGUAAGACUUUGUCAAUGAUGAUCAAGAAAAUAAAAUGGUAUGUUUCACAUAUUUACAUAUCUGAAGAUAUUAAUUGUACUUGAUCUAGUAAAGUCUUUCUGGGGGACAUUGCCAUGCCUGUGUCCAGAGCCUUUUUUGCAGGCUAGGACCUACUGGACUUUGAACCUCUCUGACAUAGUAUCUAAGAAUCCAGGGAUGCUUCCAUGCCAAGAUGAGUUAUCAGAGUAGAACUUUCGUGGAGGCUUACUUGAACUAAUUACUUGAAGGGAAAAAAAAAGAGACCAACUUUUCAAAUCUCAGGGGAACAUUUCCUGAAAGUAUUCUUUAUCCAAACAUGAUAUCCACGAUCCAUUAUAUUUUAAGGAGUGGGAUUAAUCAGCAAUGACUAGUUGCAUGUUUUUUGGCUUCAGGAUCAAAAUAAAUUAGUAAUAUAAAUGAUGUUAUAUUUAAUUUCUUCUUAAGGCAUUUGAAAUAUUAUUAUCAUCCAUGAAUAAUAACAGAUUUGACAUUUUAACCAUCCUAUUUAAAUAAUUCCACUCACUAAGAAGUUAUUUAUUGUCCCCUUUAUAUUAGGGGACUUUGCUAAGUGCUAGGAAUACAAAGACAAAAAAGAAAUCAUUGCAGUUGUCAAGCAGCUUAAAUGAAAUAUAUAUUCAUAUAGUUGGAGAAGAAAAUGGCAAAUCACUUCAGUAUCUUUGCAAAGAAAAUCCUAAAUGGAGUCAUACAGAAUUGGACAGGACUGAAAUGACUCAACAACAAAAAUUCAUUUAGUCCCUCAGAUAUUCAUCUACCUAAAAGCCUGCCUCUAAAAUCCUUACAAUAUUCUUUGGGUCUUUAAAAAAAAAAAACAAACUAUGAAUUCUAUUUAAAAUUAUGUAACUUUUGGUUUAAUUCACAUAGCAAAAUCUUGCCUAUCAGAUAAAUUGUAUAAUAAGGUGACUUUUGUCAUAAAAUAAAUGUGGGUUUAUAAAAGAAGAGUUUGUGUGUUUGAACUUUGCCCUUAAGCAUAAAAACCUAAGAGAAGGGAGGAACAAAAAUUUCCAAAUAGAAAAAAAACUUGUCUUGAAAUCUUAUCAUUUUAUUUACUAUAUUUGAUGUGGUUCUUAUUUUAAAGUUAAAAAAAAAAUCCUCAUGUGUAAUUCAGGCAGCUUGGAUGAUUUGACCUUUUCCUCUUAAUUGAUUCUUUAUUCUUGUUGGCUAAAGUAAGGACAGCUGCAAAACACAUGUGCCAUUGAAAAGCAGAGAGGAAGCAGUUGCAUAAAAAAUAAUAGUCUCUGGUGGUAUUUGCAGUAAUAGGAAAGGUGCUAAAUUCUUGUCUUGGUUGUCUCAGAUGGAACAUAUCUUAAUUUAAUCAGAUUCCUAGACAGUCAUUUAUUUUGCCUCUGAGGAUUUAAUUAUAAUUCCUAACUUCAGCCAAAGAUAGCUCAACAUUCUCAAAAAUUAGACCUCACAUAAGUUUUUUAUGUAAACUGUAUUUUGAUUGACUAAAAGCCUUCAGUAAGAUUGUCCUUUGACACUCUCUAAGGGAAGCAGUAAAUUAAUAGUACAGUGAUUGUAUAGCUAUCCACUAUCCCUUGCCUUCAUAUAUGAAACUGGUCUGUUUUAAAAAAAACUAGAUUAUAUCUGUAAAAUAUCUGUCAAUCACUCUAUAUGCUAGGAUAUACUUGAGAUAUAAUUAAUCUUUAAAGAAAUAAAAUUUCACUUAAGUAAGUGAAGAGAUAGUAUUCAUGACUAGAUCGCUGCAGUAUAGUGAAAAUGACAAAAUUGCUUUACAAUUAAUUUACAAAUGUAGUGCUGUAGUCAUCAAAAUACCAUUUUGGGCAAGUCAUUUAACCCCAAUUGUCCCGGCCCAAAAAAAAAAAAAAAAAAUACCAAGGGGAUACUUGAUAGGGUUAAAGAAAAUAAACAGCAUUUUGAGCAAUAAAAAGUCUAGAAUUUCCAGGGAAAUUUUUUAAAAAGUAAAAACAAAGGGGAAUAGUACUCCCAAAUCACAAAUUGUCCUGUAAAGCAGCAGUAACUUUAAACAAAAAGGGUUUGAUACUGAUUGAAAAUUAGAGAAGUAGGUCAGUGCAACAGAUGUAAGGAAGAAUUAGAAACAAUUGAACUCAAUCUAGUUUUGAUAAGCCAGAGAAUAUAAAUUGGGGGGAAAAUCUCUAUAUGAUAACUGCUGGGAAAGUUGGAAGAAGUUUGGCAAAAAUUAGUUAGAGAUUUGGCAAAAAUUAGUUUUAAACCAAUGCUUAUGCCGUAAUAAAUUCAAAAUGGUUAUAUGACCUGCAAAUUAAAAGAGAUAUCAAAAAAAAAAUUAAAAAUAAUUAAUCAAAACAGUGUCAAGGAAGAAAAUUAUUCCUUCUUGGACAAAGUAUGUGAAUGGUUUUCAGGAGAAUUGCACACUAUAACAAUCAUAUGAGAGUAUUAAUAAAUUAUUAAUCAUUAAUAAAGACAAAGUGCAAAUUAAAAGUUUUGAAGUUUUAUUCCCAACAAACUGGCAAAAAUGACAGAAGAUGGAAAUAGUCAAUAUUAAAGAGUUUGUGGGAAAGACAAACACAUAUUAUUGGUAGAAUAAUGAAUUGGUCCAGCGGUUUUAGAAAGUUGCACUAAGAAACUUACUAAAAUUUACAUAUCCUUUGACCUAGAGAUACCUCUGCUUGGGCUAUAGCUUAAAGAGGUCAGACAGAAAAAAAAAAGGUCCCAUGUACACCAAAAUAUUUAUAGAAGACCUUUUCUACAGUAACAAAGUGUUGGAAAUAAAGAAGGUACUGGUGAUUGUUGUCCUUCAUUCUUGAAGACAACCAAAAUGACAACUCUAUAUUAGAAUUGUUAGUGUGUCCAAGUAGAAUUAAGUCAGAUUGAGUCAAUAAAUAUCAAUUUAUUGAUAAUAAAUGUUUACUUAAAUGCCUACUAUUCUAGGUACUAUGCUAAAAAUUGAAUAAAUGAAUAUGUCAGAAUAUUAUUGCACUUGAAAAAUGACUAUGCUAAACAUUGAAUAAAUGAAUAUGUCAGAAUAUUAUUGCACUUGAAAAAUGACAUGAAGAUUAGAGAAGUAUGGGAAAACUAAUAUGAAUUACUGCAAAGUGAAGCACAAUCAAGGAAACAAUAUUAUAGAAUGAUUCUUAUUUGAACAGAUGGGAGUCAUUUGAUGAGUUAUAUUUGUUAUGGGUGAUUAGGUUUGCUAAGGUAAAUUUUUCUUUUGUUUAAAAAAAACUUUAUUAACAAUGGAUGGUUUACUUAGUAGGUAACAUAAAACUUAAAAAAAAAAUUAGAGUAGCUAGAUGGCACAGUGAAUAGCACCCUGGCUCUGAAAGUAAAGAGGACCUGAAUUCAAAUAUAGCCCCAGAUAGUUAAUACUAGCUGGAUAAUCUUGGGCAAGUCCCUUAACCCUCAUUGGCUCACCAAAAAAAAAAAAAAAAAUUAAAAACCUCAUAUCAUUAUAAAUUGACAAAACAGAUUAAACAUAGGGAAGAUGAGGGGAAUUGUUUAUAAAAGGAUUUUUUUAAUAUGUAAAAGGUUUUAUUGCACAGUUUUUAAAAAAGUUCUAUUGUGUGUAAAAUAUGGUAUUCACAAAAUUCAGUUUUCAAGAGGUGAUAUAUUUAUAUAUUCAUUUUGGAAAAGAAGUUGUAACUUAUCAGAAAAUCCUAUUUGUAGACUACUCUUGAGAGAGGAAGAGGGAUGGAGGUAGGAGGGAGGGAGGGAGGGAGGAGACUUUCCUUCUCUGUUCUUUCUUCCUUCUUUCCCCACAGUGAUUUUUUCUUCUUCAGCUAGUAUGCUUGAAACUGAACUCCCAUAGACUGGCCCACUGUUUAACUAAAAAAAACUGCUAAAAUUUUUUCUUUUGUUUAAAGUCCUCAUUUUGGUUAUUCUGUUUCAUUAGCCAUGAAGCUUUUCCCUUUUUAAUCCAAUUAAAGAAGGAUUUUUACUUGAUGAAGGAACCACAGGGUGAUCUGUGGUAGGAUAUUUCCUAUAUAAAAGGAAGAUAGAUGAUUGGCAAGUAAUUACUCUUGGUUGAGCCUUGGUAUUAUAAUAAAAAUGACCAUACCUUCCUAAAUUAAUUUAUAAGUUCAGUGUUAAUCUAACUAGAUAAAAUUGCAGCAUAAUUUAUUUGGAAAAACAAAAUAUCAAGAAUUUCAAAGGAGAUAAUGAAAAACAGCCAAAAGGAAAGGGGCCUAGUAGUAACAGAUUUCAAAAUAUGUUUCCAAGCAGUUAUCAGUGAAACAUCUAAAAAUACAGAAGAAAACAGAAGGAAGUUUAGGAAGAGAUAUGGAUAAACAGAGUGAUGGUGAUACUAUUAUGUUAAUUUUAAUAUUUACAUUUUUUGGUUUUUUAUUAAAGCUUUUUAUUUUCAAAAUAUGCACAGAUAAUUUUUCAACAUUGAUCCUUGCUUAGCCUUGUGUUCCACAUUUUCUACUUCUUCCUUUCACUCCCUCCCCUAGAUGGCAAGGAAUUCAAUAUAUGUUACACAUGUUAAAAUAUAGGUUAAAUCCAAUAUAUGUAAACAUAUUUCUACAAUUAUCUUGCUGCACAAGAAAAAUCAGAUUAAAAAGGAAAGAAAAUGAUUAAGAAAAAAAUGCAAACAAACAACAACAUUUAGAGUGAGAAUGUUAUAUUGUAAUCCAAACUCAGUUCCUAUAGUCCUCUCUCUGGGUGGCUCUCUUCAUCACAAGAUCACUGAAACUGGUCAAUCAUCUCACUGUUGGAAAGAGUUACGUCCAUCGGAAUUGAUUGUGUUAUAAUAUUGUUGUUGCCAUGUACAAUGAUCUCCUGGUCCUGCUCAUUUCACUUAGCAUCAGUUCAUGUAAGUCUCUCCAGACCUCUCUGAAAUUAUCCUGCUAAUUGUUUCUUAUAGAACAAUAAUCUAUUCAUAUACCAUAAUUUAUUCAGCCAUUUUCCAACUGAUGGGCAUUCACUCAAUUUCCAGUUUCUUGCCACUACAAAAAGGGCUGCUACAAACAUUUUUGCACAUAACAUUUAAAUUUAUAAAACUCCAAGAUACAUGUAAUAAAUUCAUAGUCAGUUUGUCUUCUCUCUAAUUACUAGUCAUUUUUUCUUUCUUUCUUUUUUUUAAUUAUUUGGGGGCAAAGUCAAAAUGGCAGAGUAAAAGCAGGAACUUGCUCAACCUCUCCCCCAAACUGCCCCAAAUUCCUUUAAAGAAUGACUCUAAACAAAUUUUAGAGUAUUAGAACAUUUUCCAACUGAAGGCAACUUAGAAACUCAGCAGAAAAGGCCUGUGUAACCAGGGAGAGAGUCCUGGGGCAGGACACACUGGUACAGCCCCAGCACACCCCAGCCCAGCAUGAUCUCUGAAUUAGCAAUUGGCCAAUUAGGAAAGGAGGUGUAAAAGCUCACUGAGGAAAAUAAUUCCUUAAAAAAUAGAAUUGAGCUAAUGGAAACUAGUGACUUUGUAUGAAAUCAAGAUACAAUAAAUCAAAAACAAAAAUAUGAAAUAUCAUAUUGGAAAAAACAACUGAUCUGGAAAAUAAAUACAGGAGAGAUAAUUUAAAAAUUAUUGGUCUACCUGAAAGUCAUGAUCAAAAAAAGAUCCUGGACAUCAUCUUUCAAGAAAUUAUCAAGGAAAACUGUCCUGAUAUUCUAGAAACAGAGGGUAAAAUAAAAAUUGAUAGAAUUUACUAAUCACCUCCUGAAAGAGAUCCCAAAAUAAAAGCUCCCAGGAAUAUUAUAGUCAAAUUCCAGCACUCCCAGAAAUAUUGCAAGAGAAAAUAUUGCAAGCAUCCAGAAAGAAACAAUUCAGGGAUCAUGGAGCCAUACUCAGGAUAACACAAGAUUUAGCAGCUUCUACAUUUUUUUUAAUUUUAAAUUUUAUUUUAUUUAAUAAGAACUUUGUAUUGACAGAAUCCAUGCCAGGAUAAUUUUUUUACAACAUUAUCCCUUGCACUCGCUUAUGUUUCGUUUUUUCCCCUCCCUCCCUCCACCCCCCCACCGCAAGAUGGCAAGCAGUCCUAUAUAUGUUAAAUAUGUUAGCAGCUUCUACAUUAAAGGACCUGAGGGCUUGGAAUAUGAUAUUCUGGAGAGCAACGGAGAGAAGAUUACAACAAAGAAUCUCUUGCCCAGCAAAACUAAAUAUAAUCCUUCAGAGGAAAAGGUGGUCAUUCAGUGAAACAGAGGAUUUUCAAGUGUUCAUGAUGAAAAGACCAGAACUGAAUGAGAAAUUUGAUUUUCAAAUACAAGACUUUGGAGAACCAUAAGAAGGUAAUCAGGAAAGUGAUAUCAUAAGGGACUUAAUAAGGUUUAUCUGUUUACAUAUCUACAUUGGAGGUUGAUAAUUCUAACUCAUUAGAACAUUCUCAUUAUUAUGGCAGUUAGAAGAACUAUAUAUAGACAGAGGGCACAGGUGUGAAUUGAAUAUGAAAGGAUAAUCUCUUUUUUAAAAUGAUGAAAUUUAAGAGGUGAAAGAAAAAUGUACUGAGAGAAAGGGAAUGGGAGAAGUGGAAUAGUGCAAAUUAUCUGCCAUGAAAAAAGAAGCAAGAAAAAGCUUUUACAGUGGAGGGGAUGAGGGGGAAGAGAAGGGGUAAAUGAACCUUACUCUCAUCAGAAUUGGCUCAAAUAGGAAGUAACACACACUCAAUAUGAGUAUAGAAAUCCCUGUAAGAAAAUAAGAGGGGUAUGGGAAGAGAGGAGAAUGAUAAAAGAGAGAGCAUAUUGGGGGAGGGAGUGGUAAAUAAGAAUACACUUGAGAAGGGACAGGAUGAAAGGAAAGAGAGAAUAAAUAGGGGAAAUACAAUUAGCAAUAGUAAUUAUAAACAAUUUUUUGAAGCAAGUUUCUCUGAUGGAAUAUUAUUGUUCGCUGGGAAAUGAUGAGCAGCAUGGUCUCAGGAAAAAAAAAAAAAAAACAAAAAAACCUGGAAAGUCUUCCAUGAACUAAGUGAAAUCUACUGUAUACAAAAUAAUAGCAAUGUUCUGGGAUGACCAGAUAUAAAUAACUUUAUUGUUCUCAGUAAUACAAUCCUCCACACAUACUGUGAAGAACUUCUGAGAAAUCCUAUCCAUACCCAGAGAAGGGUUUGAAUAGAGUUGCAAAUAGAAUAGAGUUGAAUAGAGUUGAGUUUGAAUAGAGAGCAAAGCAUUCUCUAUUACUCUUUCUUUCUCUCUCUCUCUUUAUUUUAAUUUAAUUUUUAUUGAGGGUUUUUAUUUUCAUUGGGUUGGGAGAUCUGUUUUUUUUUUUUUCCCUACAACUUGACUGGUAUAGAAAUGUUUUGCAUAACAUCACAUAUGGUUUCCUAAUUGUGGGUGGGGUUAAGGGAGAGAACCUAGAACUCAAAAAUCUUAAAAAGCAAUGUAAAAAAAAUUGUUUUGAAUGUAAGUGGGGAAAAAUGUUAAAUAAAGAAAAGUCUUUUUUCCAGAUUUUAAAAGAAUUUAACAAAAUUUUAUUAAGCUUUUUAUUUUCAAAACAUAUACACAAUUUGACAACAUUGACUCUUUGCAUAGCCAAGAAAAGUCUUUAAAGGCAAAAAAAAAAAAAUUAUUUAGUAUUUUAUUUUCCCCCAGUUAUAUGUAAAAGCAAUUUUAAACAUUCAUUUUUAAAACUGACUUCCAAAUUCUCUCUCUCUGCCUCUCCCUCCCCACUCCCCUUAUUGAGAAGGCAAGCAAUUUAUAUAGGUUAUACUUGUGUAGUGAUGCAAAACUUCCAUAGUAGUCAAGUGGAAAAAGAAAACAUACCUGUCUUCCUUUGUAAGGUUAAAUUCUUUAAUGUAUGAACUAGUGUAUUUAUUAAACUCACUACUCACCAGGCAUAGUGCUAAGAACUGAGAAGUGAUUUUGUAUACAAGCAUCCUUUUCUGUUUCUGUGAAUAUGGAGACAUUCAUGUUUAAACUUAAAAAAAAUCUUGAGGCACACCUCUGGUUUUAAAGUCACUUGAGGCAAAGAAUCCAACUUCCAUAUGUCCCUUCAUAUGACUAUAGGCAUUGAAGAGAGUAGGGAUUUUUUAGAGUGCUUCUCCAAGUUGAUACAACUAACUUAAGUUUCUACAAGGCCUCUUUCAAAUGCAUGGUCUCUCUUCCCUUUUUAACUUUAGUUUCCGCACAAACUUGUGUUGGUGGGGAAACUUGAGCAAUGAAUUUUAGAAGGCUUUGAUUAAAGGAUGACAUAUACCAUCAGAGGCUGUCAGUGAGGCACAGAUCAUGACUUUGGAACUCUGGGGCUCCCUGCUAAUACUUGGAGCAAAAGUCAGUUUUCUGAUGACUUAAAACGUUAUUCUGGGUCAACUUAUUUAACAGCAGACAAAGUAAAGGAUUUUACUGCUUUCCGGAGUCGGGGGGAAGUGCAGUACACAUUUCUUAAGUUAUCUACACACCCCAAAAUAAAUGGGCCUAAGUCACUCCAGGUUCUCAACAGAGCACAAAGAGCAGCCAAGAUGAUGAUUUGGGAGCUAUGUUGUAUAAGGGAUUUCUAUUCAGGUGUGGGCUACAUUAGAUUGCCUCUGAGGUCCUUUCCAGUCCUCAGUCUGUGAGUCUGCAAACAACAUGUCUGUGGUACCUCUCAGUGUCCAGUCUCUUCCACAGGCCCAAGUUCUGCUAGUUGGAAGAACUUGAGGCCAGAGAGAAGCACUGUAGCUCAGGUGGUUUGUGGUUGAAGGUAUUUUUCCUUUUAAAUCUGUCUGGUAGACGGGGCAGAGUGUGUUUGCCUGUCUUGUUUUACCUAACACUCUAAAAGGCAAUUAUUUUGGGAGCCAAGAAAUGUGUUCGCUGAAAGGGCGGGGGAUGGGAAGGGUACUGAAGCUUGUUUAAGAAACUUUAUAAACCUACUACACAGUGUUGCUCAUUUAAACGGGUUCUGUUGGAUUAAAUAGGGCCUAUUUUGACUCGGACUGUCUGAAUAACGCUUUCCAUGUGGCUGGGGGAGUAGGGUAGAUGAAUUCUGCUUUUCUGCAUGAGUGAUCACACCUGUGAUUUAUGGCUUUCAACUGAAAUGCAGGUUUCUUUGCUCCUGAGCACCUGUAGUUUGCAGUAUUCCUUAGAUAAUGAUUCUGAAACCUGAUGCCAGGGAUCCAAUCAAUUAUGGAAAUAGUUCUAUUGAUUCCAUAGCAUCUCUCGCUUUUAACACAGCACAAUGGCCAUUACUUUAGAAUAGGUCCUGAUUGCCCUUCACUUGGACAAUCACAGGAAACUUUUAUUUUCCCUUCCUCCAGCUGUUCUCCUCUCCAAAAUAUCAUGUAUACAGAUGCCAAAAUGAUGUUCCUAAAGCAAAGAUCACAUCCUUACUCAAGAAACUUCAGUGGUUCUUACAUAUAAACUCUGUUUGGCAUUAUAAAGCCCUUUAAAAAUCUGCCUCGUAUCCUAUCUUUCCAAAAUUUUAACAGAAAAUAAAUUGCCCAUAAAGAGCUUGCCAUAUAGGAGGUGCUUAAUACUAGUUUACUGACUACAUGUUGUUCCAGUUCAUACUCUUGUGCUAUACUCAAUAUUGAGAAUGCUCAUUUGCCUUUCUUGGACUCCAUGGUUCAAUUCAAUUGCUGCUCCCAUUCAGGAUCCCUCUAGUCGUUUCUUCACCCAAAUUAUCUAUUGUUGUAUUUACUUGUUUAUUAAUAUCUUGUUUACUGCUAGUAGAAUGUCAGAUCUUUGAGAGCAAGGACAGUUUUAAUAUUUUAAAAAUUUUUAAAUUUUUAAUAGGAAGUAAUAUAAUGUCUCACACAAGCACUUAAUUAUUGUUGAAUUUUAAAAAGAUGCCAUUUGGUGUUAUCUCCAUUGAAAUAGCAUUUUCUCAAGGCACAUCACAUACAACAUGAGACUGCAUAAUUUAGUGGAUCCUGUUGGAAUCAGGAAAUCUUUGGAUUUGAAUCCCAUCUCAUACAUUUACUAGCUGUGUAAUGCUGGUAAGUCACUUAAGCUCUCUGAUUCUCAGUUUUCUCAUCUGUAAAAUGGGUAUAACAAAAACACAUACAUCACAGGGUGGUUAUAAAGAUCAAAUGAUAUAAUGCAUGUAAAGUGUUUUAAAAACCUAAAACACUAUAUACAUGCCAAUUAUUUUCAUUAUUCUACAAACCAAUUUCGUCAAUUUUUUGUCAUGUUUCUGACACUCAGUGAGAUCUUAUACUUAAUGGGCAUGUAAUUUAUUUUUAAAAGAAAGCCUAUAAAUCCUACGAAAGAAAGGUUCAAUACAUUUAAGAACAAAGCCAACUCCAUGAUUGUUGAUUUCAUUCACUCUGUGUACUGAGGAUAUUGAGAAAGCUUUUUUUUUAAGUUCAGUAAUAAUAAUGAAGAAGCAUAUUACUUUUCCUAGAGCAUUUAUCCCAAUAGUAAUAGAGAAACUUUUAAGACUUAGCAAACUAGCUGAGUAUGUGAACUCAUGCCUGCAGUCUCUGCUGCUAAAGAGACUGAGGCUAGUGGAUUGCUUGAGUUCGGGAGUUUAAGGAAGGGGUAAACCUUCAGGUUAGAAAUAGAACUGGCAAGGCUUCUGCUCUAAUCUACACUUCUGUUCUGAUUGAGAUAGGAAGACAGUCUCAAAACAAAUUAAAAAUACCCUGAGGAAGUCAUCUGUCAAAACCACAUCCCACUUCUGAUAAUUCAUAUGGGCACAAGUUGCCUGAAGUAAUAAAAAUUUUAUUAAGUCCUAGGAGAGAAACUGAAGACCUUAAGGCAGAUUUCAGUAUUGCUACUAACCAAAGACAAGGCAAUUAGAAGAAAAAGAGAUAUUUGGGAAACAGCCAGUAAGGAAGAAAGUAUAUGAGAACAAGAUUUGGAUUUCUGGAAUAUUGCAUAAAAUAUAUGAAUGACAUGAGGUGGGAUAUACUUAACAAGGAUUACCAGUAAAAAGGUCUUGACUAAAUUAUAUGCAAAUCUAAUCAAAAGGGUUUUAAAUUAGAAAAGGAAGAAAGAGGUCAGAAACUGCCUUUGCUACGUAUUGUAGAGAGGAGACUAACAGAAGUGAUUUCUAGAAAUUCAUAGGAGAGAAAGAAACAUCCAAAACCCCAAAUAGCUCCAGUUUUCUUUAUACAAUGCACAAAGAAUGGUUAGGAAGUAAAGAAACCUAGGGAUCCUGAUGGAAAGAGGCAAAUUUGACCUUGUAGAUUUUCCUGAGACUUGGUAGAAAUAUGAAUCUGGAAGGCUAUGCCACUUUCAAAAGUAACAGAAUGGCAUGGCAUAUUAAGAUAUAUGAGAAAUUGGGGGAGAAACAUAGUAUGAAAAAUAUUUGGAAUAAAGAUCAACAGAGGCAGAAACAGAAGUAGCAUUAUCAUCAGAUAGACUGUAUAGUCUACAGAUUACCAGGACAGAAAGGGAAUAGAUGAGGAGUUGGAGAAACAGCAUACUACUGGCCGACUACCAUUAUGUGUAGUAGUUAUGGGGGACUUCAAUUAUGCAUACAUCUAAUGGAGCUUUUUCUCUGGCCAGAGAAGAUCAGCUAACAAUUUCUUAGCUUGUCUUAGGAUAAUUUUAUCCUUCAAGAAGUGGAGGAAACCAAUAAGAGCAUGUAUACCAGAAAAAAGAAGUAAAGACAAGUAAUGAACAAGGAUGAAAAGGAAUAUAUGACAGUCUUGGGGGAAAAAUGGUUUCAGGAGUAUUGAAGCUUAGAAUAAAAUGAGGCUGAUGAGAAAAGCAAAGAUCUUUUAAUUUGUACUAAAAAGAUGAGAAUAAAAAAAAAAAAAAGAUAGGACUCUUGGUCUGCAUGAAUGGAACAAUGAUAGAGGAAAAAGGGAAAUCAGAACUGUUUAACUAUUAUUAUGGUUGUUUUUAAUUCUUCAAGGAAACGUCAUAAAAAUCUCUCAUGGGGAGUUUGUCCCCAAGAUUGAUGAAAGCAUAGAGAGUACCUAUUUACCCUUGAGUUCACUAACCUAUGGUAAAGGAUUAUUGCAAAAACAGUAUCAGGAAAAGCUGGAAGCAAAAUUGGCAGCGACACAAUUAAAAUAUUAGAGAAUUGUAUAUGGACACCUGGUAAGUUGGUACACUGGCAGAUCAAAGAUUGAACAGCCUCUCUUAGAGUCUCGAAUGAGUACAAAUAUGAGUACAAAGAACAAGCUGAUAUUUUUUUCUUGUUUCAUUAAAUAUAUUUUUUAAAAAAAAUAUUUUUUCAAUGAGCAGAAAUCUAUUUUCUUUGCUCACUUCUCCCCACCUCAAUUGGAAGAUAAAAGAAAAACAAAACUUUUAUAACAAAUAUGCAUGGUCAAGAAAAAAAUUUCUGGCGUUGAUCAUGUCCAAAAAACCAGUCUCACCUUUACAGUGAGUCUUUCACAUGUCUAUCAGAAAAUAAGUUACAUGAGUGCAAGGGAUAAUGUUGUAAAAAUUUACCCUGGCAUAGGUUCUGUCAAUAAAAAGUUAUUUAAAAAAAAAAAAAGAAAGUCAGUGACAUCUAUCAUUCUGAGUCUUCUAAAAUUGUGGUUGUUCAUUUUUCUUUUUUCUUUUAUUAACCCCUCCCUCUCAAUACUUCUAAUCUCACUGAAUAUUAAAAAAAAAACUAAAAAAAUUAAAAAUUAAGCUCUCAAUAAUCAUAAUUUUGCAGAAGAAAUUCUCAUGUUAUCCAUGUCACACAUUGUAUGUAUGUAUUUGCAUUUUAAGUUUAUCAUUUGUCUCACACACAAGGUCCUCUCCAUUCUGUGCAUUUUCAGAGGCUGUGUCUUAUAUACCUCCUUUUUUAUCUCUCAUUCCUGAAUUCUUUGGAUUCCUUCAAGUCUCAGCUAUAAUUUCAUUUGCAGCCACCACCUCACACCUAUCAGAUGUAUUAACAUGAUAGAAAAGGAAAAUAACAAAUGCUGGAGGAAAUAUAGAAAAAUUGGGACACUAAUGUACUGGUUAUAAAUUGUAAUUUGUAAAUUUGUCCAGCCAUUCUGGAUGACAAUUUGGAAUUGUAGUCAAAGGGCUAUAAAUGCAUGCCAUUUGACCCAAAUUGUAAUUUGUAAAUUGGUCCAGCCAUUCUGGAUAACAAUUUGGAAUUGUAGUCAAAGGACUAUAAAUGCAUGCCAUUGACUACCUGGUCUAUUUCCCAAGGAGAUGAAAGAAAAAGGAAAAGGACAUAUAUGUACAAAAUAUUUAUAACAGCUAUUUUUGUGGUGUCCAAGAACUGGAAAUUGAUACCCAUCAAUUAGGAAAUGGUUGGACAAAUUGUGGUAUAUGUUUAUGAUGGAAUACUAUUUUUCUAUUAGAAAUGAUGAAAAGGAUAAUUUUACAAAACCUGGUAAUAGAAUGUAAAUUGAAAUGAAUAGAGGUAGGAGAAUAUUGUACACACUAAUAAUAUUGUAAUGAUGAACUGAGAAAGACUUAGCUACUCUGAUCAGUAUUAUAAUCUAAGACAAUUCUGAAGGAUUUGUGAUGAAAAAAAUUAUUUACAUUUAGAAAGAGAAAUAAUAUAUACAUCAACAACAAUACUAUAUGAUGAUCAAUUCUGAUGGACAUGGCCAUCUUCAGCAAUGAGAUGAACCAAAUCAGUUCCAAUAGAGCAGUAAUGAAUUGAACCAGCUACACCCAGUGAAAGAACUCUGGAUGACUAUGAACCAUUACAUAGAAUUCUCAAUCCCUAUAUUUUUGUCCACCUAGAUUUUUUAUUUCCUUCACAGGCUAAGAGUACACUAUUUCAAAGUCUGAUUCUUUUUGUACAGCAAAAUAACUGUUAGGACAUUUAUAUUUGUAUUUAAUUUAUACUUUAACAUAUUUAACAUGUAUUGGUCAACCUGCCAUCUGGGGGGAGUGGAUGCCAAACAAAAGGUUUGGCAGUUGUCAGUGCUGUAAAAUUACCCAUGCAUAUAACUUCUAAGUAAAAAACUAUAAUUAAAAAAAAGAAAGAGAAUUAAUAAAUUCUGAGGGAAGAUCAAAGUAUAGUUUUUUAGCUUUAUUUUUCUUGUUUUUUUGAUAACAUGGCAAAUAUGAAAUAUUUUGCAUUAUUUUACACAGAUAAUUGAUAUAUUGCUUGCCUUCUCAAUGGUUACAGGAAGGACUGGAGGGAAGGAGAGAAUUUAGAAUUCAAAAAAAAGUUUUAAAAUUAAUAUUAAAAUAAAUAUAUAAUAAAAUUAUUUUUAAAAAUUAAAAUUUCACUUCCCUUAAGAAAUCUUUCCUGAUCCUUCUUUAGCUUAUGCUUUCACUCUGAGGUUAUUUCCAAUUAUCCUGUUUUUAUUUUGUUAGUACAUAUUUGUUUGCAUGUUUUCUCUCUCAUUAGAUUGUGUGUGCACCUUAAGAAUAGAGACUGUUUUUGCCUUUCUUUGUAUCUCCAGAACUUUGUGCAUGCCUGUCAUACCGUAGGUGCUUUUAAUUGACUUGACUUAUUGACUUGUGGAAAAUCAGUGGCAUUUUCAUCUUAAUUCUUCUGGACUUGUAAUUUAUCAUUAUGUUGAUCAAAGUUCCAAAAUCUCUAAAAAUUGUUUUUCUUUAUAAUAAUGUUAUUGUAUAAAUUAGAUUUCUAAUUUUGCUUGGAGAAAGAAUGGCCCCACCCAUUCUUUGUGCAAGUCCUGAUGUGUUGUAUAGGAAAUGAUGAUUUUGGUGGGUGGAGGCAAGGGAGUGGAAAGGGAAGCGGAAAGAGAGACUUCUGGCUGGUGUCUUGUCACAGCAUUGCUAUUGCGACCGCCCUUCACCUCCCUCUGCUAGCUGGCUUCCUAUCAUAGCUGCCCAUAUUGCUAUUGCAAUCCUUUUUCACCUCUGCUGAGAAUAAAGAUUGAAGAUUUUCCCCUUAACCUGAAUUCCUGACUCCAGCUGAUUUUAAAUACGCGGUCAUCACAUUUGGCUCUCAAGCGUGGGAACCAAGGACCCUACUUUCACUGAAGAUGUCUCCAGUGACCAGGAACUUAGAGAGAUGGAACAGACCCUUGAAACGAAGGAGAAGACCCAAGAAAUAUCGGGUGGUUCUGUUGCUGAUUGUGCUAACCAUUGAAAGAACGUGGCAGUUAUGGUGUUUGACUCAUGGACAUAGAAAAUUGUUGGACUUGAAAACCCUCAGGAAUCAUUGGAUUCUCUGAGACAUAAGAUUAUUGUAGGACUUGAAAACCCUCAGGAAUCAUUGGAUUCUUUGAGACAUAAGACUUGAAAGCCCUCUGGAAUCAUUGGAUUUUCUGAGAAAUGAUAAGACUGUUACAGUACUUCAAAAUCUGCUGGAAUCAUUGGAUUCCCUAAUACAUAAAAAGACUUUUGCAGGACUUCAAAAACUUGUGGGGAUCAUUGGAUUCCCUAAUAUGUGAAGCAAUGGACAAUAGAUUGGUUUUAGACUCUCUCUUGGCUGCUGAAGAAGGCAUAUGUGUGACUACUGUUUACAUACUCUCCUUGUAGGACUUCUGGCAAUCUUUGACAACACCAUGUUGAUUUAUAUUGCUAUACCGUUACUUGGGUGUACAAUUCAUGUUUGUUACACCACAUUAAGCCUGUACUAACUGUGGGGAGAGUCAUCACUAAUAGCCUCUGCGUUAUUGCUGUGUGCUUGUGUAAUACCUCCCAUGCUCAUGGGUUUGUGCAUAAUAAGAUCCUUCAGCCCAGAAACCCGCUAGCAACCCCCACUUCCCUUUGGUGCUUUUCAUCUCCCUUCCUGAGAUGUCAGGGAGGGCGUCUCCUUUUUAAUGCUUUCACCUCCCUUCCUGAGAAGUCAGGGAGGGUGUGAUCACCUCCCCUUGGGGGCUCUGACCUCUCUGAGGAGUCAGAAAUGGCAUAACAACCUGUGUUCUAAAACAAAAGAAAGUGGGAGAUGUAAUGGGCUGAGGCUUGAGUUGAUGCACUGAGGUCCCAAGCACGUGAGGCUAAAUAGUAAUUGGACCAUACUCUAUUAAUAUAUAUGCUUGGAGAAAGAAUGGCCCCGCCCACUCUUUGUGCAAAUCCUGAUGUGUUGUAUAGGAAAUGAUGAUUUUGGUGGGUGGAGGCAAGGGAAUGGAAAGGGAAGUGGAAAGAGAGACUGUUGGCUGGUGUCUUGUCACAGCUGCUCACAAUGCUAUGGCGACCACCCUUCAUCUCCGAUUCCCCUCUGCUAGCUGGCUUCCUAUCGUAGCUGCCCAUAUUGCUAUCGCAAUCCUUCUUCACCUCUACUGAGAAUAAAGAUUGAAGAUUUUUCCCUUAACCUGAA